UAAUUAUUUUGCCAAAUAAAUAGUCAUUGCAUAUUUUGUUUUGCCGUGAAAAUGAGCUUUUAUAGUUUUAUUUGCUUGUUUCUAUUUACAUAGAUUUUUUUCCUGUCGCUGAGAACUAAAUAAUCUCUCCAAAACAGCCCUGAGCGCGGACGGACACGCGCACAGUCUUUAUCUGAGCGCAGGCACGCAGCGGGAGCGCGCAGAGCUCAUCAUGUCCUCCAGGUGGAUUUUACUGUAGUCUCAUCACAAACAGACGUGAUCAAGUCAUUUUAAUCUUCAUCAUCGCCAUCAUCUUCAUCUCUUCUGCUCUGCGCGCGCCCGUGUGUGUAUGAUGCGUGUGUUGACGUUCUGGACGGCGGUGUGUGUUUUCUAUGCAGGAGUGAGAUGUUCCCCUCUGCCAGACGAGCAGCGCACGACUGACUGCGAGCCUGAAGAUGCCAGUGUCAGUACUAACGGCUGUGACCCACAGAAGACGGAUGAUGCCCUGAACGCUCAAGAGAGACACGAGGGUCUGCUGAGAGAAUUACAGGAGCUGGCAGAACACGAGAAAGAUAGAGAGCGCAAAUACUCUCGCGAGACAGACGAGUAUGAGCUCAACGACACAUGGGAGGAGGAGGAGGAGGAUGACGAGGAUGAAGAUGAGGAGGAAGCAAUGAAGAAGAAGGAGCAGAAUGAGCGAGACCUGGAUGAGGAGAUCAGAGAGACGGAGAUCCAGAGGAGACAAGACGAGGAGCUGGAGGAGCUGCUGAAGGAGCUGAAGAGAAAACAGCUGGAGAAGAAACGCACCAAGAGCGAGGAGGAGGAGGAGGAGAAGAGGAAGAGCGAGCUGGAGCUGAUGGUGGAGAAGGAGAAGGUGGAGAAGGAGCUGAAGGAGCUGCUGGCGGAGCAGAUGAACGACACCGCCGGCUGGAGCAAACAGAAGGAGAAGGAGGAGAAGCAGGAGGAGCUGCAGGAGCUGGUGAGGAAGAUGGAGCGCGUGAAGGAGGAAGAGAGUCCGGAGACAGACGGGAAGGAGCCGCAGCAGAAGCGGGAGAUGGAGAACGCCAGCGAUGAAGCCACGCGACAGUUCGAGAGAGACGGAGAGGAGGAGGAGGAGGACAGACAGCGUGAGGAGGAGGAGGAUGAAGAUGAGGAGCUGCUGGAGAUCGAAGCUGAACUGAGGAAAGUGGCAGCGCAGCUACAUGAACUUCGCAGGGGUUAAACACACACGCAUAUAUAAAGUCAUUAUAAUGAGAUGAAACGCUCAGAAUAACACAUAAUUGAUGUAACCUCAUAGAGGCGGUACAUUCGUCAGGCUUCACUAUUUUAAUGCAGACAUUCAGAAAUGUAAUUCCCAUCAGACUAAAAUGCACAACUGGACGAGCCAAACUGCAGAGACAGCGUCACACCAGUCACGCACCACAAGCCACGCCCCUAAACCACCGCACAUGAAUAUUCAUACUUGUCAUUUGAAUAUUUAAACAUUCACAUCUAUAUUGUAAUGCAAUACUUCAGUGAGUGGUACGAUUAACUCGAUAUAAUAAGACAAAUGUGCACAUAUGAUGAAGUAAUAUUGUGAUUUGUGCUCUCGACUGUUACUGUAUAUGUAUAAUCUCUGAAACAUUCUGCUGUGUUUUAUACGCUGAUGUGAACAUGGCUGAAAACUGUUAUGACACACUGAGACUGUUCUGGGAUCAGAACACCAGCCGCUUCCUGUUGAUCACGAAAUAUUCAGGAUAUCACAGGUGUGUUUGAUUUGUUGCAGAGAACAAUCGUGAGCUUGUGUAAGGUGUGUGUGUGCGUGUGUGUGUGUGUGUUGGACAGGAAGCGUCAGUGUUCUUUCCCCGCAUGUUGCACUUUCCUGAAAGCAGCCAAUGAGAGCAGGUCUGAUCACAGACUCCGCCCACACACACACAUUGUUGUCAUUGAUAAUAUUUACCUGAUUUGAGAGGAAAGAAACCUAUGGAAGCUUGUUUCCGCCACGGAAUAAAAAAUAAAAACAGUAUUUGCGAACUUUUAUCUCACAAUUCUGGCUGUAAACUCAGAAUUGUGAAGUAUAAAGUCACAAUUACCUUUAUUAUUUUUUAAGCUUCCACAGAAACCAGCAAUAAGAGAAAGAGGAGCUGAAGUCCUGUAUGUCUGAUAAAUACAUGCAGCGCUGACCGCAGAAUGAAUCUAAUAUUCAUUUUGAAUGUAAACAAAGAGUAGCUGAACAUAUAUAAACAAUACAGUCGAAAGAAUAGUUCUGUGUCUUUAAUAUUUGACUUGAUAUUGUUUAAUAAAGAGCUGUUGACUGAA